UGACACAUGCAGCACUGGGUAGGAGGGGGCCAUUUCUGUGAAAAGAUCCCAAGGCAGCAAGCAAGCAGGAAUGUUUGCUCUGGUUGGUGGGAAGGAUCAGAUGUCACCAGCUGUGAGAGGCUGGUAUAAAGGACAGAGCUGCCAGCUCUGAGCCAGAAUAGAUAUCAGCAUUUGACAAGUAACAGCACGCACUAAGGAUAAGCCAGCAGAGUCUGCCUUUUAUUUUGGUAACCUUUUGAAACGGACAGAGGGAGAGAAGCUUUUAGUUUUCUCUUGUAAAAAUUAGGAAACUUCCUGGUCUAACUGAAGGUAGAGAAUUUUCCAAUAUGGAUGUUCAGAGGACAGGCUCUAUGGUGCGGCCCCCGAGCCCCAUGGAUAGCCUCGAGAAACAGUUGAGCUGCCCCAUCUGCCUGGACAUGUUCACCAAACCUGUGGUCAUCCUGCCAUGCCAGCACAACUUGUGCCGUAGUUGUGCCAGUGACCUCUACGACUCACGCAACCCGUACCGCUUCUCUGGUGGUGUCUUUCGCUGUCCUACUUGCCGUUUUGAGGUUGUGCUUGACCGCCAUGGUGUGCAUGGGCUCCAGCGUAACCUGUUGGUAGAAAAUAUUAUCGACCUCUAUAAGCAGCAGCAAGAAGGCAGUGGCAGUGGCAGCACAGAAACCAGCCUGAAGCCUAAAGAAUCCAAAGAACCGAUGUGCCAAGAACACGAGGAUGAGAAAAUCAACAUCUAUUGCGUGACUUGCCAGACACCCACCUGCUCCAUGUGCAAAGUGUUUGGCCAGCAUAAGGACUGUGAGGUGGCACCUUUAGCAAGUGUCUACCAGGCCCAGAAGGGUGAACUGAGUAAUGCUAUUGACACCCUAGUGGCCAGCAAUGGCCGCCUGCAGGCUCUGCUCAACCAGAUGGAAGAUGCCUGCCGUGCUGUACAGGAAAAUGCUCAGCGUGCUAAACAAGGGCUAGCUGAGCGCUUUGACCUGCUAUAUGCUGUCCUGGAAGAACGCAAGACCAUUCUACUAGAGCAGAUUGGUAAAGAGCAAGAUGAAAAGGUUGCAGCUCUGCGGGCACUGGCUCAACGUUACGGCGAACGAUUGCAGGCUAGUUCAGAGCUCACAGAUACGGCUGUGAGGGCAUUGGAGCAAGGCAGUGCUGCUGAGUUUCUCUUAGCCUCCAAGGGCCUCAUCACGCAGACCAAAGACGCAGCGAAAGGUUCACUGGGGGAAGAGAGGCCAGAGCCAGGCUUCGAGAAGAUGGACCACUUCACUUUAUCAACAGAACAUGUUGAAGCAGUCCUGGCAAAAAUGGACUUUGGAGUGGGUGAUGAUGAUGAAUUUGAGGAUGCAGAGGAGGAGGAAGAAGAAGAGGAGGAAUAAUGAAAAUCAAAGUAGUCAUGGACUUGUUGGAAAUAUUGUUAUAUGUGUUUUUGAGGGUUUUUUGACACAAGUGUUUGUGGCAGGGACUGCAUUUGAUGUUGAAAGAAAUGUAAGGUUACGUUGGAUGUGGGCUGAAAAGGCUUGCCCUGACUAAGUGCAAUAUUUAAUUUCAAUGUCAUAUUCAUAACUUUUCUUAACUUCUUUUUAUACUUUUGUACUUCUAAGCCAGUUAAAUGAAAAAACUGAUCUAGAUAAAUGUAAAUAUAGAAUGUCUGAAGACGGAUUACACAUCGUUUUCCUCAUAUGUAGCUCAUGGAAGUAGUUCUUUGUGUUUUCUCACUCUGUCUAAGUUUGUGUUGAAUUGGUGAUCAGCUGAUCUGCCUGUAAUCACCAAAUCUGUCGUGACUGGAAUGUGGAAUAAAGCUGCAUGAAGUUAAGCAUCUAUUUCCUUUAUUGCUUAACUAAAACAUGAAGACCCAG